AUGUAUGUACUUAAGUAUGAAAUUCCAUGAAGUUAACUGAAGGAAAAUAGCUGAAAUUUUAAAGUAAAUAUAUAUUAGUUUUUGAUAUCUUAAUAUAAAAAUAUUAUAACCUAACCUUCAUUGCUUUAUGCAACAUUAUUUUAAGAUAAUAACGCAUAAUACAUAUUGUAAAAAGCAAUACAAAAUGCGAUAAAAAUUUUAUACCUAUAUUAUAAAUUAAAAUACUUUUAAAAUAUUUUUACAGUGUUACUAUGACGCGUAAGUGUGUGUUGUGCAAGGAAACCAAUUACAGAAACACUUACAGCUUUUUCUCAGCACCAAAAGAUCCAGAAACGCGUAAAAAGUGGCAAAAUGCCAUAGCUAUUGAGAAUUAUGUUGUUACUGAUGACACAUAUGUUUGUAGUAAACAUUUCCACAAAGAUGAUAUCAUUACACAUUGGGUUAGUGGAGUACCACCACAUGUGAUAACUAUAAAAUAUAAGAAAUGCAGAUUGAGACCAGGAGCUGUACCUGGAAGGAGUUAUCACCUUCAAGAAAAUGCACAAAUUCAAGAAAAUUCCAGUGAUUUUGAUAAUAAUAUAAUAAUAAAAAAAGAAACAAAUUUCCUUAUACCUAGAACUGAAGAGAAGUUACAAGUAAAUAAUGAUGAGAAUCAUAAAGCUACAUAUUUGAAUUAUCAGUCUUAUCGUAAUGUUAAUGAUUAUGUACAUAAUUCGAAGCAAAACUUUCCAAAUAAAAUGGAAUUAUCAGAAAAUGUUUCAAAUGUAAAUGGAUCUACAUUUAAAGAAUCUCCAAAGCAAAAUUUAAACCAAGUAAAACAGAAUAAAUCAAUGAUUUUUAUGGAAAAUAGUAUUAAUAUACAAGGUAGUAUUAACAUAAAGGAAGAACUAACAGAAAAUAUAAACUCUGAAGACAAAAGAGAAAAACAAAGUCAAAUAUCCAAAGAGGAUUCUUGUCCCAAUAUAUCCAAGAAAGUUUCGCUCUCAAGUUUUCAGUCAUCCUUUAAAGAUUAUAUUUCCGAAGAACAUGAAACAAUGAUAUGGAAAGCAAUGAAGAAAAGAAAACUAACAGAUGAUAAUUUUGAAGCAACAAAGAAUGUAUAUAUUGAGAAUCAAAUAAUAUACAAUUUAAACUAUGAUCAAUUGGAUGAAUAUUAUCCUAUGUAUAAUGAAAAUGACGAAAAUGAUGAAAAUGAAAUGUUGUUUGAAGAUUUGCUCGAAGUAUGUACAGAAGUAUUAUUACCACGUGGUUGGUCUUGUUUAGUAACGUCAAAAGGCCACACAACAACAAUAGUAUAUUUAUUUAUGGGAAUGACAAAAAGUGGAAUGCCUUUCACAGAAAAACAAGUGUUUAUAAAAAGUGAUAUGAUGUUGCACUGUGCUGUUGUAAAUAAAGAAAUUAAUCCACUUAUUUACAAUCUUAUAAGAGCAGGAAAACAUUUACAAGUACAAAAUUUAUUAGAUAUAGAAGAACUUAUUGAUGAAUUUGAUCGAAGGACUAUUUGUCAAGGUAUUUAUACAUAUAUAUAUAUAUAUAUAUCUUUUUUUCUUUGGUUCAUGUUACUAAGAAACAAAUGUUUUUUGUUUUCCCAAUUAGGUAUAUACAAUACUGAAAAGUUCCAAAACAUUAAUCGUAUCAUAGUUGCUUAUAAAGAUGGUAUAAAAUGGAGACACAUUUUAUGCCCAUUAAUAGUGAAUACUGAUUCACUAAGAUGUACAAAAUGUAUUUCCCUAUCUUAUACAUUGCAGCAUAAAUCGAAAAAACUUAUAUUUCUUCGCAAUCCUUCAAUAUUUACAAAACAGCAGCAAAUGUACUCAGUGCGCCAAAAAUAUAAACAAACAAUAAAUACAAACAAACAAGAUACUGGACAUGAAUCUAUAAAUAUAUUCAAAUAACAACUUGAAAUAAAAUUUUUUAAAAAGUACAAUUUCUAAUUUUGUUUUCUUUUUUAAAUCUUAAUUACUUGUAAAGGAUAUAUUAAUUAUUUUAGAAAAAACAAAAUUAUUUUGAAAAAAAGAUGUUCUUUAAUUUGUAUAAUUUGCAUAUUUUUGCUUUAUCUCUCAAUAUGAACAUCAUUUUAUAAACUUUAUCAUUUAUUAAUUAACAUUAGACGACUUCUUUUAUCUACGAAAUUUAUGUUUACGUCCUUUGUCUCUCGAUUUGUGUUCCUGAAACAAUUUACAUAAGUUACUAUAUUUAUUUAAUUAAUUAAUAUUAAAAAUAGUGUCAAUUCUUUUUACCGUGGACCAUUCUAUUUUUAGUUGUUUUAACAUUUUUGGCGUUAGAAGACCUCUAG